AUGACACGUUAUGAUGAUUCAAAUGCUAAAUUUGAUGGCUGUAUACUAAUUAAAGAACUUGAUACCACCUAUAGUUGUAGCAGCGGUGCUGGAGAACAGCAUGUAAAUCGCACAAAUAGCAAAGUAGAUUUAAGAUUGCAUGCAGAAAAUGCUACGUGGCUAGCAGAGGAUAUUAGAAAUAAAUUAUUGGAACAGGGUUACUUAAUAAUCAAGUCAGAAGUAACAAGAUCUCAACAAUUAAAUUUAGCUGAAGCUCUUAAAAAAACACCAUCAGAAAUACCUCCUGAAACUUUGGAAAUGAAAAGAAAACAGCAUCUUAGAGCAGCAAGACAAAGACUUUUUGAAAAAUGGAGACGUUCUGAAAUCAAACAAUUUAGAGGAACUCCUACUAUAGACUUCUAA